UAGAUUACCGAGAUUGAAAAGAAACAAAAGAAAGGAAAAGAAAAAGAAAUGGAAGAUCCUAAUUAUCAAAAUAACAAGAGCAAGAGUCUUGUUACAAAAGGCACAGCUCCAUUUUUGUUGAAAACUUAUGCUUUAUUAGAAGAAGCUGAAGAAGGAGGAGGAGGAGGAGAAAAAGAAUACAAGAAAAUAGUUUCAUGGAAUGAUGAAGGAAACGGAUUCAUAGUUUGGUCGCCUACGGAUUUCUCGGAUUUAACUUUGCCCAGAUAUUUCAAGCACAACAAUUUUUCUAGCUUCAUUCGCCAACUUAAUACAUAUGGUUUUAAGAAAACAUCAUCAAAAAGAUGGGAAUUCAAGCAUGAGAAAUUCAAGAGAGGAUAUGAGCAUAUGUUAGUGGAGAUAACAAGGAAGAAAAGUGAGGCAACCACUGCAUUUUUGAAGUCUAAUUGUGGUGAUGAAGAUAAUAUGAUGAUGAAGAAUGGGAAUCAACAAACAUUGAUGGAAGAAAACGAGAAUUUAAGGAAAGAAAAAAUGGAAUUGGAGACCCAAAUUGCUCAAUUCAAAGCCCUAGAAAUCAAGUUGUUGGAUUGCAUUGCUCAACAUAUGGGACCAAAAUGAUUUUCACAACCAAAGGAAGUUGCUUUAGCUUUAAUGGUAGAUGGGUGAAUUUGGUGGUUCUUGUUCAUGGGUGCUUGAGAAAAAAAAUUGUUAAGGUUUUUUUGUUGAGAUCUCAAUUAUCAGGGUUUAAACUCUGUUGAUGUAAUUCUUUUUCUCCAAUUUGUAAGUUGAUAUUGUAUAAGAAAAUUUUAUUUAGGCCGAAAAAAAUAUUAUUUAAGUGGAUUAGGUCAUGGUUGGAUGAAA